GCUAAUCGCUAGACUCCAGCAGGUAAGGCGGUGGGCUUGCUUGGCAAGACUCCCUCUGAGUUCCAACUUCAUUGCGGCAGAAGCCAAUCCCCAAAGCACGAUUAUUACGCACCAUCUUCUGGCCACGCCAAACGAUCAUGGCUACCGAUCACAAGGCAACGCUUGUCCCCCCAAAGCGGGCCAACACCGACUAUCCGCUAAUUGACUCCGACCCGCAUUUGAGACGAGUCGUCGGUUAUGCAAGACCCUCUGAUUAUGCUGUAGCAGGUGGACUGGCUGCUGCUUCUCCACUUGCUUUCUGGAUCAUGGAGAGGGUGAGCCCGUCCCAUGUCGGCAGAGGCGGCUUCGCUCCUGUCAUGCGACUAGCAACAGCAAUCGGUCUCGUUGGAGGUCUACAUAUCUUUUACCAACGAUCUUGCAAUCGCUUCUAUGGUUUCACGGAAAACUCACGGGAAGUCGAGAUGGAUAUGAGAGAGAUGGUAGACAAUGUCAAAAAAGGGGAACCAUUGUACGGAACUUCUCAGGUUUCUCCAUACUUGCAGGGUGUUGCUGCUAGAAACUCGCGUUAUUCUCAGCUUUUCAGCCAUGUCAUUCCAUGGAUCAAUAUCGUCAACCACGAUCAACAUGGCGUCGACACCGCCAAAUAUUAUCAACAAGCGGAACGGGAGCUCGAAGCGGAACGCCUGAAAUAG